AUGCCUGCCCCCACCGAAACACAGACCGCGACUCUGAAUAAAUUCAUCCAAGGCUGGAAAGGCUGGACGCCGGAUGGCUUCCUGGCCAGUUGGUCGGACGACUGCGCCCAAGUGACGCUGCCAUUCAGCUCUGGGGUUGCGCCUCGCACCCGCGCAAUCACUGAGAAGCUCUUCCCCAAGUUGAUGUCAAUUUUGACCAAUUUUCAGCUUACGGUACACAACAUCAUCCAUGAUCCCGCGGAGAGCAAGGCGGUCAUUUAUGCCAUCACCACGGCCGACUCUCCCUUUGGACCUUAUAAGAACGAACACGCCUGUUUUAUCUGGUUUGAUGAAAGUGGCGAGUUUGUAAAUCGGAUUGAGGAAAUGUUUGAUGGGGUAUUUAUGAAGAGCUUCUUGCCCAAGUUAGAAGCGUAUAUCAAGGGACAGGAAGAGGCUUGA